GGUAUGACGCUGUCUUGUGUUCCAGUUCUUCAAAACAAAGUUUUCAUCUCUGUUGUAUCACAUCCAACCCACACAAUGCUGUGGCCAUUAUCAAGAAGUGUGAAGCCUACAAGAGUGGCCAAGAGACAUGUACUCGGGCCGCACGAUUCAUGCCAUGCUUUCGGAGCUCCUCUGCUGCAGUGCCCAGGAACGUCAGGUCAUGUGCUGGUGCCUCAGGCGGUGUGAGGUCAUCACAGGUCACCAUGAAACUUGAGACGACAUUGUUGUUGCUGCUGGGCGUCUGCUUUGCUUCAUUCCUGCUCCAUCCUGGCCAGGUUGAGGGGAUCCAGGUGCUGCGUUUCCAAGAGGACCGCAAGGCCACUACAGAGACCAUGGCGUGGUACCAGGGCCAGCUGGACCCACACCGUCAGUUACACUCCGUCACCCUCUGCGGCAGGUUCUACCUCUUCACCAUCCACGGCUGGGCAACGUUCUUCGCCAUCUUCAACAGUAAAAACGAUUCGGGCAUCCUUGAAGGAGACAUUUGGGUGGAGAGGGUGAGGCCAGUCAUCGCCAGGAACUGGAACUUCCAGCUCCUUAAGAAGAAGAUCUGGGUAUUCAAGUGGCACCACCUAUGUUUCACGUACGACCACACUCAGCACCUGAUCAGCACGUACGUGGACGGAAGCCUCAACAACCACCAGGAAUAUGAUAUCGUCCGCACUGUGUCUGGGGUGAAGGCUCGCCUGGGUCAGGGAAUGAUGCCUCGUCGGAGUUUCAGUGGAGAUCUAACGCAGGUGAAUGUGUGGGACAGGCCGCUAAGCCCGGAGGAAGUGCGGAGUAUAGCAGACUGUCAGAGUGACCCGCAAGGUAACUACGUGUCGUGGGAAGGCGGCUGGACUCUCCAAAACGUCACCAGUUAUAAUCUGUCCCUGACAAAGUUAUGCGACAGAGAUGCUGGUCCGACAUACUUUUGGUUUGAAUGGAGUCCCUACCUCGUAGCAGACUAUCUCUGCCUGGCCCUCGGCUCUCAACUACCAACGAACCAUACUGAGGCAACAACUGCUAUUAACGCAGCAAAGAACUCUUCUCUGAAUCUAGGUAGUUGUUAUAGGGACUACUGGCUUGCCCCUAACGACAUAGAGGAAGAAGGAGUGUGGAAGAUAGGUAACACUCCCGUGGAUAUGAGUAGUAUCGGCUGGGCUGCACAAGAACCAAACGGGUUACAUUACGAAAACUGCAUAGCAUUUGAAUACAGAUCGUCUGAUAUCGACUGCAGAACAAACGUAAAAUGCACUGCCUGUUUAAUCCAAGAACAACAGAGAUUUUCUCUACUUGGAAUAUGUGAAAAUGAACUUCGGAAUAUUUACUUCACCGCAUUUCAGUAUAAUGUAAGCGAAUUAAUUUUUAUUGGCUACGGAGCUUACCACAUUCAGAAAGUAAACGGAAUAUGGACCUGGGUUAACCACGUCACCAACACAACAAUUGCUGAGAUGGAGGAAUUUUUCCCUGACUACCCUAUGGGUCGACGAUGGUGGAAGCUGCACCAACCCGUGUGCAACCAGAAGCAUGGCGGCCGCCGUCUCCUCUUACUGUCGCCCUGUUCAUAUGAUGACUUUACCUGUGAUGACGCCACCUGUAUUCCUCUCCACAAACGCUGCGACCUCAAGUACGACUGCCGCGAUAACACUGACGAACUUAACUGCAAACUGGUGGCUUUUCCAGAGGAAUAUCAGAGCCAUCUGCCGCCUCGUGCUGGCGGAAGGGAAGAUAAAAGCUUGCCUAUAGUCCUCACGAUAGAUGUAGAUUUCUUAUCUGUGAGGACCAUGGACAUGGUCAUGGACUUGUCUUAUGAGCUGGCGUUAACAUGGGUUGACAACAGGCUGAGGUACCAGAACUUGAAGGUGAACAACACGCUUAACAUUCUACCAGACGACACUAUGCACAAACUGUGGUCUCCACAAGUGAGUUUUGUCAACACCAACGGUAACCAACACACACUGAUGGACACAGACACCACCAUGCUGGUGGACCGCUACGGUAAUGCAAUUAGCAGGGAUCCAGCUGCUCCUGCUGAGGUGGACAUCUUUUCUGGGGAGACGAAUACGGUAACAGCCAAGAGGAAGUACGGUACAGUGUACAUGUGUGACCUGGAUCUCGUGCUCUACCCCUUCGAUGUGCAGGAGUGCUAUUUGCACCUCAGGAUUACCUCCGCCACAAAGUCCUUCCUCCUCUUCGACGUACUCAAGUCCUUCGUCAAUAUUUCCGCCAACAAGCUUCUGCUGGAGUAUGAGGCGAGUCAUCAUGCAUGCACGAUCACUGAAGCCUAGUGUUGUCUGUAUUUAUCAUCCGCGGUGAGGAAAGUCUUGUGUUUCGUCUGUUUUUAUCAUCCACAGUGAGGGAUGUCUGGUAUUUUGUGCGUAUCAUCCAAGGUGAGGGCCACCUGGUGUUUUGUGUGUAUUAUUCAGUGUUGGAAGCCUGAUGUUUUGUCUCUUUUUAUCAUCCACGGUGAGAGAAGCCUAAUGUUAUGUCUAUAUCAUCAGCGGUGCAGAAAGCCUAAUGUUAUAUUAAACAUUAGGCUCAACGGUGAGGUAAGUCUUAUGUUUGUCUGUUUUUAUUAUCCAUGGUGAGAGAAGCUUAAUGUUAUGUUGAUCUUUAUCUCUAUCUCAAACACACAUUAUCUCACAACAUAUCUUACCUCCACAGGUAUUUCUUCAGAACAAUUAACACUAUUAAUGAUCAUUAACGUUCCAAAAUGGAUGUCAUUGCGCUCAUGCCAUGUUUUGCACUCUCCAGGUGUUGCCGAUA